UUUUUUAUCCACUCUGCUACAUAUCAUUUGGGACCCAUUAGAAAUGUAGGAAUUUAACAAGAACUUGCUCAAUGCCAGCAAGAUUGGAGGGAAAUUUCAGCAUUCCAAACGUUGCCUAAUUAUCUUCUCUGAUUGGAGAUCUUGCUACUUGCAAGGAGCUCUUUUAGUUGUACUUGCAAGAAGGUCAAGAAGGAUGACACUGAGGCGGAGGAACCGGAUCACAGGGGUGUUGACAUGGAUGAAGCGAAUGAUAGGCCAAUUCUGGAAUAUGAGGAUGGAGAGCCUAGUGUGGUUGAACUGCCCACAGAAUCAAAAGGGAAGUAUGUACCUCCGAGUUUGCGUUCUGCUACCAAUUCGGAAUCAGAAGAGAUCGCUCAGAUGCGCCGGAGAGUAAGAGGACUUCUGAACAGGCUUUCAGAGUCAAACGUGGAGUCCACUACUCAGGAAAUUGCCGCACUUUUUUUAUCUGUUCCGCGGAGUGUUGGUUCUCAGAUAAUUGGGGAUGAACUUUUGGCAAAGUUGUUCACGGCAACCUCCUGGCAAUAAAGUGUUAGUGAUAUGUCUUUAGACAAUCAUAAUAAUGAUUGUAUCAUAUCUAUAUUUAUAUACUUUUGAAUAAUAUGUUAUCAUGUUCCACAGAUAACUAUCAUCUACAUGAAUAAGCAAAUAUGUGACUUGUUCAUGAUGCUAUUUGUUUGUAUUAUGAUGAUAUUCUGAGU